CUACCUUCUUUAAAAGCCUUGGGCCUCUCUCUCUCUCUCUCUCUCUCUCUCUGCUUGUUUUUGUCAUUCUCUCUCACUCGCCGUUCUUCAUCGUUUGAUUCUGACUGAUUUGGAGAACAGGGAAGAAAUGGCGGAGCAGUUGACGGAGGAACAGAUAGCCGAAUUCAAGGAAGCUUUUAGCCUUUUUGACAAGGACGGUGAUGGGUGCAUUACUACCAAGGAGUUGGGAACUGUUAUGAGAUCUCUUGGACAGAAUCCAACUGAAGCUGAACUGCGAGAUAUGAUCAAUGAAGUUGAUGCUGAUCAAAAUGGUACCAUUGAUUUCCCCGAGUUCUUGAAUUUAAUGGCAAGAAAAAUGAAGGACACUGAUUCUGAGGAGGAACUUAAAGAAGCUUUCAAGGUUUUUGAUAAAGAUCAGAACGGUUUUAUUUCUGCUGCAGAGCUUCGUCAUGUGAUGACAAACCUUGGGGAGAAGUUAACUGACGAAGAAGUGGAUGAAAUGAUCCGAGAAGCAGAUAUUGAUGGUGAUGGUCAAGUUAAUUACGAGGAGUUUGUGAGGAUGAUGUUGGCGAAAUGAUGGCCCGCCCUUUUUUUGUUUGGUUUGGUUUGGUUUAAUGGGAUAAUUGUUAUUUCAAGUCUGCUUAGGUUUAAUAGUUGUGUCCACAUUCAGGUUCUCUAGACUAGGUGGGAUGGUUCUGCUAUAAUUCUUGUUUUUCAAUAUCUUCAUGUUCAUUUGUCAUUA